AACCUUUAGGAAUGUGUAAGUCAAAGCAGUAACAUCGACUGAGGCAGGAAAUGUAGAUUGACUGUAAUGUUACUUUCUUCCAGAAACAUAGUAAAGGACGUGGGAGGGGGACUGGGAAGAGGUCGGAUUAUCAAAGGACGUCCAAAUCUGAUAAUUGGACCACCAGCACAAGGGGUUAUAGGUGAUGCUAGAAACAAAAUCAUCCAGAAAAAACGUCUUCGACUCAGAGAUGCACGGGAUCGCCUCGCUGAAAUUGCAAAGCAGGGUGAUGCUCGAGACAAGAUCAACAAGAACAGGAAGUUCUCCAAUGCAACACAGAAGAAUCCUGUCAUACGGAAGACCCCCAGACUAAUGGAUGAGAACAUGAGGAAUGAGAAUUUUCCUUCUUAUCUUGGUGGACAGACCCGCAUGCAAGGAACAUCACUGAUCCGCACAGUGGCUGGGAGUGAUGGGCUCGGCAAAGGGAAUGUCAUAGUUAGAGGAAAGCCAACUGCUACCAACUUCUCAAAAGGACUGCAGAGGCAAAUUCCAUCAAACAGUCGACCGCAGUCUAUCACAAGAACUCGUGAUGGUGAACGUUAUCAUCCAUUGCCAAAUAACCCCCAUGUUGUGACAAUCAAGAAUGACAAAGCAGACUUUUAUAAUCCAUCCUAUCAGCAAGUUGCAAGACAGCAAGAGUUGAGGGAACCACCAAUGAAGCUGUCAGCCAGGAAUCCUCCAGUCCGAUCCAUGGGGCUGUCUUCAGCAGGAUCACAGACUUACAGUGUGAGUGGGAUGCGGUCAGAUGCCAUGAUGAGAGCUCGAUCUCCUGAGCAUAGGCUGUAUCGUUCCAGAAAAUCUCCAGAAAUGGAAGAGAUCAGACCAACUCGUUUAAAAAUAACUACAGCAAAUAAUUUCAGGGAGCCAAGUCCACAGUAUAGUGAUGGAUGGGAGUCACCACCAAGGUUGCCUUCAAGAGUGCCAGCAGCAAGGGCCCCUGCAACAAGGGUCACAGCCUCAAGACCUCCACCUCCUCGAGUGCCUGCUAGAAUAGCAACCAGGUCUCCUGUCAAGAAACGGCCGGCAUAUGAUGAUGAGGAUGUGGAAACUGUCACUCGCCCAAAGAAGAUGGCUCCUCUAUCAUCUGGUUUAAUGGCACGCCUUGAUCAGCCUCAAAGGUCUAGUGCUCCUCAGGGAUACAAGGUGUUGGUUACUAAUCUGCACCACUGUGUUAGUGUUGAAGACAUGGAAGAGCUGUUUGGGACCAUUGGACCAAUUAUUUCAGCUCGAAUAGUGAGAGAGGGCAUUGCCGAAGCAGUCUUUCUGAAUGAGGAGGAUGCUUUCAGAUCAGUUGAGGUAUUCAACAACAGGCAGUUAGAUGGACAGCCUAUGAGUGUAACUGUUGUUAACAAAAAGUCAUCCUCACUCUCAGCACCACCACCUCCACCAAUUCCUGCAAAUCCUAGAACUCAAACCAAAUCUGUUUUAAAAGCUGCAAGUGGCAGCAGUCUGUUGACGAGCGGCAGAGGCACUGCAGGACUGCCGGGUCUCAAAAGCUCAAGGAAGGAGGAGCAGGUAGCGCCCGACCUGUCAACAAUCCGCCAGGCUCUUUUCAACAGGUCUCAUCCUCCUGCUUCAGACCACACCUUCCUCGUGAAACUCCCAAAAGCACAGUCUAAAUAGGCGUAGGUCGGCUUAAAAUGCAAGGACGCAGUAUUUUUUUUUUCUCCUCCUGUCUUCUCCUCUUCCUCCUCCUGUUUUAUAUUCUUUUGCUUUACUAUACCUCUCUCUCUCUCUCUCUCUCUCUCUCUCUCUCUCUCUCUCUCUCUCUC